GUCACUCGUUCUUUGCGUGGGUACUUAUGCAAAGGCAGCAGAUGUGCAGUUGAUUAACGGGAUAGUCAGUAAACUUUAUUGCUAAACGCAAAGGUUUUGAUUGAAAAUUGGGUACAAUGGAAUCUAGCAAGUCGGAAUCGACGCCAAAACAAGCUAUGGUGUACAUUUGCGGAGAAUGUCAUCAUGAUAAUGAAAUACGCCCAAGAGAUCCAAUUCGAUGCCGAGAAUGUGGGUAUAGGAUCAUGUAUAAAAAACGAACUAAAAGACUUGUUGUGUUUGAUGCGCGAUAAAUCAAUCUGUCUUUUUGUAUAAGUUAUGUAUAUAUAAUUAUCAGUAAAUUAUUAAUGUAAUUAUGUA